AUGUCAGACGACAUAAAAACUCAACUCGCAGGAAUAAAACACAUAAUCCUCGUGCUUUCCGGAAAAGGGGGCGUUGGCAAGAGCUCAAUUACUACACAGCUUGCACUAUGCCUCGUUCAGAAUGACUUCAAAGUUGGAGUUCUCGACAUUGAUCUUACUGGACCAAGCAUACCACGAAUGCUAGGACUUGACAAUAAGCAAGUUCACCAAGCCUCUUCGGGGUUGAUGAAAGCCAAAGACUUUGCUGCAUGUCAAUUGGAUUCUUACUGCAGAAUAAAAAUGAUUCGGUGGUUUGGCGAGGGCCGAAAAAGAAUGCAAUUUUUGUCCGACGUUUAUUGGGGUGAAUUGGAUUUCCUGAUCAUCGACACACCUCCAGGCACCUCGGACGAACAUAUUUCUGUUGCCGAAUAUCUAAAAGACGUCAACCCUGAUGGCGCGGUCAUUGUGACUACUCCACAGGCUGUUGCGUUGGCCGACGUUCGAAAGGAAUUGAAUUUUUGCAAGAAGGUCAAGAUACCAAUACUAGGUGUUGUCGAAAACAUGAGCGGAUUUUUGUGUCCUCAUUGUGAGGAAUGCACAAAUUUAUUUUCCACGGGAGGUGGUGAAGCUAUGGCAAAGGAAUUCGGCGUGGAAUUUCUCGGACGCGUACCUAUAGAUCCAUCGCUUACUGUAAUGGUGGAGAAGCAGGAUGAUUUGCUCAAAAAAUACGUUGAAUCGAAUUUGUAUAAAGUGUUGAAUGAGAUCACCGAUAAAAUCGUAAAAAAGGGUGCACAACGUGCUGUUUUUUAA